AUGAGCGAUUUGGAUUACGGAUACAUGGGCAAUGAUGGUCGAAGGUGUCGGCGGUGCAAAAGAAGAAGACUUGAUGAUGAACCACCGGAAGUAAGACAAUAUAAGACAUGUGCCAAGUGUCGGAUUAUUGAAAGGGAAAAGAAGAAGCUGAAAAAGCCACUUACUGAGGAAACCAUGAUCUAUGGCAUGAAGCAAUUUCGUGAAGACCAACUGAACCCUUUAUACAACAACCCUCAUGACUACUUUGAUUCAAUCUCGGAUAAAUAUACAGACAAGUAUACCCUGUCUUCUAGAGCCACACCUGCUCCCGUGGGAACCUUUGUUUCUCAACCCCUGACUGAGCUCAAGCCACAACAUAAUCUGUCAACUGCUAUUUCUGCUGGUCAAGGAAAGUUCCAUGUGAAUACACAACCAUCAAAUUUGAGCUUUCAACAGGAAUUCAAGUAUCCAAACAACAUCUAUGUUGGAGAAUCACGUAUCCAUUCGGCGACUGGAGGGAAUUAUAUGACUGGAGCCCCGGGUAAACAACACUCGUAUAAUCAACAAUAUCUUGCCUCAACUCAACAUCAGAUAUCACAACAGCAACAGCAACAGUUUUCUGAUAGCCAGCAUUUAUACAAGUCCCAUAAUGUUCUACACAAUCGACAACCUCAAGGAACUUUGAGCCCUGAAGAACCUGGUCAACUGUCACUUUGUUGUAUUUGUUCCGCUAAGUUAAAUUCUACUGAUGAAAUGUGUUUAAACUAUUCUUUAUGCUUCAAGUGUCUUAUUGACCCAUAUGAGAAACAACAGGUAUUUGAAGAUUUCGGUGCGUAUGUUUCGCAUAUUCAGAAUCAUAGAUACCAAGACCUGGAGGUUGUAUAUUUUAUUAAGGAAAUUGAUCCUCAAUUUGUCUAUGAUUUAGCUACCAAUGGCAAAACUAUCAGCAAUGAGAAACAAUUUAGAGAUUUCCUUUUAGAGACGUUGGAAACAAUUUACUUGAAGGUUGUAAUUGCAUCAUCAGGAUAUGACUUUGUACAAUACAAAUCAAGUACCAGUGAUAUACGAACACAUCAGCAGUUACCGUUGGCACACUCUCAACAAGCACAAAAUUCUGAAUAUUUUGCUUUGCAAUAUAAGGACUUAACUCCAAUUAAAAGUUGGUAUAAGUGCUCGAAGGACUUGAAUGCGAAAUGUGAAUCCAACCUUUACUUGAACUAUAACCCCAAGUUGAAUUUGCUCUUUAUCAAAUUUUCGCAUCGUGCUCAUGGUCUAUCUAUUGAAUAUUCUAAGAAGUUGAUAGAUAUAAUUUUGAAGAUUAUGGAUAGGCUUAGAGAUAUUUCAGCACAUAAUAACGGAGAACAGACUGGAGCCGCUACCGAAAGUUUCAACAUGCCAAAUGCAGAGAUUGGUUACAACAUUGCGACUGCCUACAUGGUGUAUGAUAAAUUAGUAUCUCAGAAGCUGCUUUUACCAACUGAGGAGCAAGAGUUGGUAGAUAAGUUGACCAAGGUGGAUUUUGUCAGUGACUUCCUCCAGUUUGAAAAGGCAAUUUCUACCUCAGAAGAGAGACAGAAAGUUUUGGAAGCAUCUUUGGCCAAUGGUGAAACACAUAAUGGUAAGAAAGAUGAUGAGGAAGAUGAAGAUGAUGACGAUGAAGAUGAGGAAGAGGAUGAGGAUGUUGAUAUGGCGGAUGUCGUUGAUACUAAUGGAACCGAUGAAGAAGAAGUUUCUAGAAUGGAGACAACAGUUAACCCUACGAUAUCGCAGAACCUUGAGACUCAUAGUGGAAGUUUAAACGGCAUUACUACAAAUAUUAGUAGUGUUAAGGUAGAGCCCGUGAAGGAGCUUGAUCCUACGUUUGGUGAGUAA